UAACUAAUAUAGAAAAUUCAACUAAUUUGGAUGAUAAAAAAUUUCAAUCUGACAUAGUUGAAAUUAUAAAUGAUUCUACAUUUUGGAAUGAUUUAAAGGAGUUAAAUAAUAUUCUUUUUCUAUUUUACACUAUACUUAAUCAACUUUAG